AUGCGUCGACCUCGGCACAAAGACUGCAGCGACAUCACUCACAGCGUGGGACGGUCUCGCUCUGGUCUCUACUCGGACACGGAGCAGUUACAGGAGACGCCAGGUCUGCGUGAAGCUGACGUCCCGCCCCCGCCACACACGCUCCUCUGCGGCUCGGACACACCCACCUCCCUCCGCUCUGCUCUUCGCGUUAAAACAUUUCCCUUCCCCGCUUCUGCUGCACUCAUCCCGGACUCUGCUCUCACUCACGUCCGCUACGUCUCUUCUCUCAUUUCAUCUUCCCUUCAAUCGGCCAGGAUGGUGUCCCAUAAGGAGUUUGCGAACGCCGGGAAGCAGGCGGGUCUGCAGAUCUGGAGGAUUGAGAACCUGGACCUGAAGCCGGUUCCCAAAGGGCUGCACGGAUGCUUCUACACGGGGGACGCCUACCUCCUGCUGCACACCACCAAACCACCCUCCUACUCCAUCCACAUGUGGAUCGGGGAUGAGUGCUCCCAGGACGAGAGAGGCGCGGCGGCCAUCUUUGCCAUGCAGCUGGACGACUUCCUGGGGGGAAGCCCGGUCCAGUUCAGGGAGGUCCAAAACUGUGAGUCCAAGGCCUUCCUUGGAUACUUCAAGUCUGGCCUCAAAUACCAGAAAGGGGGCGUGGCCUCAGGCUUCCAGCACGUCAUCACCAACGACGCCAACGUGAAGAGGCUGCUCCACGUCAAAGGGCGGCGUGUGAUCCGGGCCACAGAGGUGGACCUGACCUGGACCAGCUUCAACCAGGGCGACUGCUUCAUCCUGGACCUGGGGAAGGACGUGUACCAGUGGUGCGGCAGCGACUGUAACCGCUACGAGAGGCUGAAGGCGUCGGAGGUCGCCAUCGAUAUCCGCGACAACGAGAGGAACGGCCGAGCCAAGAUUCACCUGGUGGAGGAGGGCGACGAGCCGGACGCUUUCUCUCAGGUGUUGGGAGCUAAGACCAGAAUCGCUCCAGCUUCACCUGAUGAUGAGAAAGUGGAUGUGUCCAACAGGAAGAAGGGCGCCCUCUACAUGAUCUCUGAUGCCUCUGGGUCCAUGACGGUGUCGGCUGUGGCUCCGUCCAGUCCCUUCAAACAGGCCAUGCUCUCUGCGGAGGAGUGCUACAUCCUGGACAACGGAGUGGACCGGAACAUCUUUGUGUGGAAAGGUCCCAAAGCAAACAUGUCGGAGCGUAAAGCUGCCAUGUCGGCCGGAGAGAAGUUCAUCCUGGACAAAGGCUACUCCAACAAGACGCAGAUCCAAGUCCUUCCCGCUGGAUCCGAGACCACGCUGUUCAAACAGUUCUUCUGCGACUGGAGGGACAAGGACGAGACCACGGGCCCGUCCCAGGCCUACACCAUCGGCAGCAUCGCCAAGAUCAAGCAGGUUCCCUUCGACGCCUCCUCCCUUCACUCCAACAAGGCCAUGGCGGCGCAGCACGGGAUGGUGGACGACGGCCAGGGCAAGGUCCAGAUCUUCCGAGUGGAGGGCGGAGCCAGCGUCCCGGCCGACCCCGCCUCCUACGGCCACUUCUACGGCGGCGACUGUUACCUGAUCCUCUACAGCUACGGCCGCAACCAGCACAUCAUCUACACCUGGCAGGGGCUGAAGUGCACGCAGGACGAGCUGGCGGCCUCAGCUUUCCUCACCGUGAAGAUGGACGACUCCAUGGGCGGAGCUCCGGUGCAGGUGCGAGUGACUCAGGGCCAGGAGCCUCCUCACCUCAUGAGUCUGUUCAGAUCCAAACCCAUGAUCAUCCACAGCGGCGGGACGUCCCGUAAAGGAGGCCAGAGCCAGGCGCCCACCACACGCCUCUUCCACGUCCGCCAGAGCUCAUCAGGGGCCACAAGAGCUGUCGAGGUUCAGGUCUCUGCCUCCAGCCUCAACACCAACGACGUGUUUGUGCUGAAGAGUGCGUCUGGAGUGUUUGUGUGGAGAGGGGCCGGGGCCAGUGAGGAGGAGAUGUCUGCGUCCAAACAUGUGGUGUCUUUCCUGGGAGGGAGUCCGGCUUCUGUGAGCGAGGCCCGGGAGCCAGCUGAAUUCUGGUCGGCUCUGGGCGGAAAGAAAGAAUACCAGACGUCCAAGGCUCUGCGCAACGUGAUCAAACCUCCGCGACUGUUCGGCUGCUCCAACAAAACCGGGCGCCUCGCUGUGGAGGAGGUUCCGGGGGAUUUCACACAGUCCGACUUGGCCACAGACGACGUGAUGCUGCUGGACACGUGGGAUCAGAUCUUCCUGUGGGUGGGAAAAGAGGCCAAUGACACAGAGAGGAAUGGAGCCCCCAAAAUAGCUAAAGACUACGUGGACUCGGACCCGUCUGGCCGGAGGGGGACCCCCAUCACCACCAUCAAGCAGGGAGCAGAGCCUCCCAUCUUCACGGGCUGGUUCCAGGCCUGGGACUCUGCCAUGUGGGAGACCGACCCCCUGGACCGGAUCAGGGCUCGCUUCUGA